AUGCCUGGAAAAGUUAAAGUACGUAUAUUAAGUGCAAGGGACUUGCCUGUUAUGGACAGAGCCAGUGAGUUGACAGAUGCAUUUGUAGAGGUCAAGUUUGGAACUGAAAUCUACAAGACGGAAGUUUGCAAAAAGUCCUUGAAUCCACAGUGGAACUCUGAAUGGUUCAAGUUUGAGGUUGAUGAUGAAGAACUGCAGGAUGAGCCACUGGAUCUAAGAGUGUUGGAUUAUGACACCUACAGUGCCCAUGACACCAUUGGUAAAGUCUACAUAGACUUGAAUCCACUCCUGUCACGUGAGAACUCAAACAUUAUCAGCGGCUGGUUCCCAAUUUAUGACACCAUGCAAGGACUGAGGGGAGAGUUGAACAUUCAAGUGCGUGUGGAGCUGUUCAGUGACUUCAACAAGUUCAGGCAGUCAUCCUGCGGCAUCCAGUUCUUCUGCACUUGUGCGGUUCCAUCUGGCUGGCGUGUGCAGAACAUCCUGGGCUUCAUUGAGGAGCUGGUGGUGAAUGAUGAUCCCGAGUAUCAUUGGAUUGAAAAGAUCAGAACCCCGAGAGCUUCUAAUGAAACUGUAUAUUAUCAAUGUAAACAAUGCGUAUCUGUUUUCCAGGAGUACCCAUUUUUCACAUUGCGCAGUUUCCCCGUGGGUUUCAUUUGCAGCUUUGGAGGUGUGGUCUCUGCACGCUCUGUGAAGCUACUGGAUAAAAUCCACAAUCCUGAAGAGCCAGAGACCCGAGAUGCUUGGUGGAGCGAGGUCAGGACUGAGGUCAAGUCCCAUGCAGCUAAACUGGGCUGUCAUGCUGUUCUUGGCUACAUGGAACAGACCACCAUCUGUGAUGAAGUGAUUGUGCUGUCUGCUGUAGGCACAGCAGCGAAGAUCAACUUGAACUUUGACUGCACCCAACUGCCAGCUGUCGCUUCUGCCGCAGGUUUGCAGGCUUCUGCUACACCCACUUCAGCUACCGCUGUGUCUGAUAAGGACGCACAUGGGGGAACAGAGAAGGAGAGAGACAAAGAUAAAUAUCUGUUCGUAGAUACAGGCUUGGCCAAUCAAGGACAGUUGAAAAGUACUAUGUCUGUAGAAGGAAAAGAUGACAGCCAAUCUAGAUGCUCACUCUGUCAUAUUCCCUACAAUCCUUCCAGCAUGCCAUUUGAGAUUCAGUUGUCCAAAUGUGCCAUUUGCAAAAAAAAGAAUGUUCCAGAAGUAUUAUUUGCAACAGUGGAUCCCCCUGAAAACAUGCUGGUAUGCAGCAAGGGCUGCUUGAUACAGGCUAGAAUCUGCAGAGCCAAGAACAAGAACAAGAGUUCGGAGCAGUCAGCUAGGGAGAUCAGUGAUAGUCUACCAUUUAUAGAGUACGAAAUUCACAACCAGCUCAUCAACAAACUAAAGAUUAGAGGAUUAAAUUGCCUGUUUGGCCUGAGGAUCCAGAUAUGUCUUGGAGAAAACAUGCUCAUUGCAGUUGCAACGGCCACAGGAGCUUAUCUGGGUCCAUUACCAGCACCACCACAGCCGAAAAUUACCACUGAAGUGGCAACAGCUCAAGAGAGCAGAGAUCUCAUCACCUUGCAGAAGAAGAUUACCCUAGCUGUGCAGGUCUACAGGGAGAGGCUGGGCAGUGAGUUUUGCGAACCUCAACCAGAAAAUAACUCUCAGAGUACACAAGCUGAUGAGGAAACAGAUGAGGAAGAGGAGGAUGGCAGCAUUUUCUUGGAGGCAACAAAAGACAAAAACACUUUUGUCCUAGUUAUUGAUGAUCUGAAGGAUGAUGCGGUAUCUCUGAUACUGCAGGAUGUCCUCCCACCAGAAGGCUAUGAGAUCUGUAACACACAGACCCCAACUGGGAUAGCACCAGACAGGAUCACAGCUAAUUUACAGAUGUUCACUCAGAUGGUCAGGGUGAGGUACCAGCCAACAUCCACUUCAAAUCUGGAUUUCUCUGAUGUCUUCAACACAAUUCUCAGGCGGCUGUUUUUCAAGCUGCGUCACUUGCGACCUUGCUGUCUGACAGACAUGUGUUUCAACGUAGACUUGCCAGACGAGGAUGAGAUUGUU